UGGGGAAACAUAUGCUUGAAGCCUGCAACAAUAAUCUGGAAAUGGCUGUCACAAUGUUUUUGGAUGGUGGAGGAAUUGCUGAAGAACCUAGUACUAGUUCGGCUGGCGUAUCUUCUGUCCGGCCACAUACAGAGUGAUCUUCAGAACCUUCCUAAGACAAUUCACAUGGAAGCAAGACAAUUCAAAUGGAAGCAAUUCAGUUUCCUGGCAUGAUGCUGGUAGAAUAUCCAGGUUUUACAGACAUACAAUGAGGACAGCACAACAGCACUGUAGACCUUCAGUUUGGUAGGCAGCCUAAUACACUCUUCUUUCCCACACUUUCCUUCGGAGCCUCUCAAACAUUGAGCUAGCUGUGGCAAUGUGUACAUCAACCUCAUCAUCUAUGUGGACAUUCCUGAAAAGUAUACUGCUAAGAGAUGAAGUCCGAGCUCCAAUUCCUCAAAAGCAGGAAAUAUUGGUAGAACCAGAGCCCUUAUUUGGUGCUCCUAAAAGAAGGCGGCCUGCUCGUUCAAUAUUUGAUGGUUUUCGAGAUUUUCAGACUGAAACUAUUCGACAAGAACAGGAGUUGAGAAAUGGAGGAGCAAUAGAUAAGAAGCUCACUACCCUUGCAGAUCUCUUCCGACCACCUAUUGAUCUAAUGCAUAAAGGCAGCUUUGAAACUGCCAAAGAGUGUGGCCAGAUGCAGAACAAAUGGCUCAUGAUCAACAUCCAGAAUGUGCAGGACUUUGCUUGCCAGUGUCUCAACCGGGACGUCUGGAGCAAUGAAGCUGUGAAGAACAUUAUCCGGGAACACUUCAUUUUCUGGCAGGUAUAUCAUGACAGUGAAGAAGGACAGAGAUAUAUACAAUUUUACAAAUUAGGAGAUUUUCCUUAUGUCUCCAUCUUGGACCCAAGGACAGGUCAGAAGCUAGUAGAGUGGCACCAACUGGAUGUGACUUCUUUCUUGGAUCAAGUGACAGGAUUCCUGGGUGAGCAUGGUCAACUGGAUGGACUCUCCAGCAAUCCCCCCAAAAAAUGUGGCCGUUCUGAAAGCCUCAUAGAUGCAAGUGAAGACAGUCAGCUAGAAGCUGCUAUUAGAGCAUCUUUGCAAGAGACCCAUUUUGAUUCUACCCAAGCAAAACAGGACAACCGUUCUGAUGAAGAGUCUGAAUCCGAACUUUUUUCUGGAAGCGAGGAGUUCAUAUCAGUUUGUGGUUCUGAUGAGGAAGAAGAGGUAGAGAAUCCUGCCAAAUCUAGGAAGUCUCCCCACAAAGACUUAUUGCAUAGGAAAGAGGAGAACCGGAGGCCUCAGACUGAGCCCUCAGCUAGGACUGAGCCUGGAACUGCAACAAACCACCAAAUUCUGUCAGGAAUAGAUUCUGAAAUAUUGGAGGUGUUACCUGAGAAGUCAGAUGGACUUUCAGAGGGGCUGGAAAUGAAUGGACCAAAAGCACAGCUGAUGUUGAGGUAUCCAGAUGGAAAGAGGGAACAGAUCACUCUUCCAGAACAAGCUAAACUUCUAGCUCUGGUGAAGCACGUGCAGUCAAAAGGAUAUCCAAAUGAACGUUUUGAACUUCUCACCAACUUCCCUCGAAGGAAGCUUUCUCACCUUGACUAUGACAUUACAUUACAAGAGGCAGGCCUCUGUCCUCAAGAGACUGUCUUUGUACAGGAAAGAAAUUAGCACUGUGGCCUGACCUCUCUCAGCUGCCCCUCAUCCCUUUACUUGGGAUAUCGCGUCCCUGAGUGUACAGUUUGGCUCCUAGGACCACAGAGCCAACCUGGGCAAAUGGCCCCAACCCACUCUCCUCUUUGUCUGGGCUCACCUCCACAGCGUCCUUCCCUCUGUCUUUUGUCCUCCCUACCCCCUCCUCUUCCUUCUUUUUCCCUCCUAAUCUGGUGACCAAAUGAAAACCUAAGUAUACAUACAAUCUGUCCUAAUACUGGCAGCAGGAAAUGCUUGUUCCGUUUGGGAAAGAGGGAUGCUGUCUUGCACAUCACUCUCUGGAGAUAAGAAAAAAUAAUGUGACCUCCUCAGUUUUCCUAUGACAGAGGAAGGGCCAGAUUAAGAAAAAAAAAAAAAAGAACCACCUCCCAUCCCCUUACUUUUACUUACUCUUUACCCUUGGGAGAAAAAACAAAAACAGUGUCUUCGGUUUUUUUGUUUGUUUGUUUUUUUAGUUUCCUGUAAGAAAUAUCAUGUAACAAAAGACCCAGGCUUUUUGCUUAUGUGGAGAAAAGCGCUCCUUAUGAUAGUUUGUCAAAAAAUUUUAAAAUUUCUCUUUCCCUCAUCUCUCCUGUAGAAGAAUAGAUCCAUGGUAUGUGUGCUGUUGGGAAAUUGAUUGUCAAAUAUGGGAUGAGAUAGAUUAGGAUGGCUUUCAACACUCCUGCCUUAGACAGUUUUCUCCAUUGCUCUUUAUUUGGAAUUAUUUUGUGGAAGCUGUUGAUGCCAACAUGCUAGGAGAGUGAAUAGUAGUUCAGUGAUGUUUCUGAAUCCUUGAUACCCAUUUUCAAGCUAAUGGUAUCUUAAGAUUUUCCAUAAUUUCAAAAACUUCUUGUGUUGGGGAAAGGAAUAUGUUUACUCUUAGGACAGUAUAGCAUUUCCUAGCCCCUUCAUUUUCUGGGUCCAACAAAGGGUUUAAGAAUGGCAGGAGUUUCUUUGUUUUGGGGGGUUUUUUAGUAGUAGUUUUACAAUCAUGCAGUAAAAUGAUAUCUGUAAAUUAGAAAUUGGUCUUGCUGUUGAUCUUAUCUGUGGUGCUUCAGGGCUGCCUCAGAGAAAAGAGAAAAAACAAGUAACUGAAUGGUGGGUUUCAUUAGUUAGAAAUAAUGCAAAUUCACUUUGAACCCAAGGUAAAAUAGUCUUUAAGAAGCUAUACUGAAAUGAGCUGAGCUACUUUAAGAUUUUGGUUGUUCUUCACCUAUUGCAGCCAAAUGAUGCUUAGUGAGAUCAGAACUGAAAGCUUCUCUUGCAGAGAUCACCUCUAAACUCAGUCCCUAAAGCAACAUUUAAUUACUGGAGUGAGUAAAGCUGCUCUCAGUAGUCUUCAACAGAUGUAUUUUUUCCUGCCACCGAAAGCCUCGUUAAGGGAGAAUUUUAUAGUCAGCUCCAAAGAAGAAGCUAUGUAUUUUGGUUGAAUGCAACAGCAUUCACUUAUGCAGGAGAGUAAAGUAGAGACUGGGGUGAAAAUGGCAAUAGAACUAAAACUUUGUCUAUAUAGAGAUCAUACUAUAGAAUGUUACCCAGUUUUGUCACUGUAAUUUUAGCUGGUUCAUUUCUACACCUUAGAGGAAAAAUAAAUUGCUAAUGUUGGAAAUAAAGUACAAAGUUUAACUUGUAACCCAAAUUCAGAUAUAUUUUCAGAGACCAUUAGGCUUCCUGUCUAUUUUAAGAGAUCUUACCUUUUAGCACCCAAAGGAUAAAGGAGGAGGGGGGGGGGUAUCUUUUGUUAGUACACAAUUGUGGAAUGUGAUUUUUAAUGAUUGAUUGGUGAGGCACCCUCACUAAAGAAUGAAAUAUAUGUCUUCUAUAGGAAAUCAUGGGAAAGUCUUGUUUAUUCUUUAAUGGAUCUUUACAAAUGAAUGUCCUUACAUUUUCCUGAGUCUGUGUAAGUGCUUAUGUAUAAGUAUAUAAUUGUAUAAAUAUUUAUAAAUAUAUUUAUAUAAUUACAGUUUCCUGUAUGCAUUGAGUCAGAGUUAUCUAUCCAGAUCGGUGACUAAAGAGCAUCAUUUUGGUGUUUUUGCACAAGGUCCACAGGUUUACCAGCUGCUUAUGAUUCCUUGCAAAAACACAACUUUCUUGGUACUCUGCAAAUAAUAUAUCGGAGGGCCUUAGAUAUGAGCACUUAUUAACUAAGGAGAAGCAUUGUGCAUUUUCAGAAUAAAUGGCAGUUUUGGAUUAGAGAAGGAUCUAGGAAUCUUGAGUUUUCAGGUAGCACAAGGUUGUGGGUGUUUUCUAAGGCUAGAGAAAGACCAGCAAAGUAGGUUCACUUGGGAGGUACAGAUCUGUGAGCAAAGUGACAGCUAAGUAUAUGAAAUGUUCCUCCAUUAAAUUGCCUAUUGAACCUCACCUUGCCCCAACCCCCUUCCCCAGUUCCUUUUGUUAGCAUCCUUUUUAGGAAAAAUAGCCAGUAAAAUGUUCAAAGGUGGGUUCGAGACUUUCUGAUAAAGCCUAGGAAUUUUGGGGUGACUAUUUAGUAUAGUGAAUCUUGAGGGUGGAAAAGGGGUUUGAGUAUAGAGAAUUGAAAACAGCUAUAUGAGAAAGAACAAGGAUUCCCCCACCCUGAGCCUCCUAAGCACUUUGACAUUGAAGUUCAGAAUGUGGUUCUUGCAUUAUUCCAUUUUAUCUCAAGGUAGAGACAUUACUGUACAGAGGAUUUUAAGGCUCCAGAAAAGGUACAGAGCUUACCACUCCCUCAGCUGAGGAGCACAUACUUUAUCAAGUGUUCUCUAAUUCCAGAAAAAUUUGCUGCUACUACUUAACAUUAAUACACUUCUGUGUCUUCUUUCUCUCCAAUAUUCUUUAAACAAAAUUAAAAUAGCGAUUUGGCUAUUUUGGAGGCAAAGAGGGAGUGUUGUGAUUUAACUGUGAGGGCUUAGAUAAUAGUGGAGCUCAUUAAGUGGUUGAGAAAGAAGCACACUGGUUGUACAUUUAGGCUUCUUUCAAGACGUUUCCCUUGUUCUGAGUCUCCCUGGACUAAUAGAAAAAGGGGGAGAGAAUGUUGUGACUAUAAAAGCACUUGUCUUGCCCUAGUUAUGGAAAUACUGUUUUUGGGAAGGGGAUUGCUGAGAAGCAGGGGUUUAUAUGAAUUACAUUAAAUGAUUGUGUUAUUGGUUCAAGUGUUGAUGGAAGUUUGGAGGUCAGAGGUAAAAGAAUUUAUAAUCCAGCCGAAGACUUAAGAAUGUCCAAGCAACAUCCUCUUACAGUAUUUUAUUUCCUCUAGUUUGAUGCUUUUCCUAGCCUGCUUCGAUCUUCAAGGAAAGGUAUCCAUGGGGGCAGUGUCCAGAUUCACGAAAAUAUAACUUUAUAUAACAGUUCAACAGCUUUGAUAAUGAUGGUUAUUUUCUUCAACACACAGGGGCAGGUUGGGAGGGUAUUUGAUAGGUGGGCAGGGUUUGGGGGAGGGGGUGGUUUGGGUAGGGAACAUACCUGAGAAAUAAACCAGGCCAGAGGAAUUAAUUGACCAACUGGUAGGGAAAAGUGAGUUCAUAGAAUUUAAGUUGAAGAGAAAUAUUUUUCAUUUGAUCCAAGAAGGUACCCACUGAAGGAUUAAGAUUUUUACAACUUGGGAAAGAAAAUUGCUUUUAGUUAUAGUAAACCAUUCUAUUUCAAAGGCCCAUUCCUCCAAUAUUUACUACCAAAGCUAAAAUUCAAAAUUACAGGACUUUUAAAUUUGUCUCUAUUAAAAUAUGAAAAGGAAAAAAGGAAGAUGGUAGCAGAUUUUGAAGAGGACUUGCUCUGACCAUAGAAAUUUCCCAAUUCAGCUGUUUUGAGGGGCUAGCUUUUAAUGCUAAUUAGGAAGGUAUUUUUAAAUGAGCACACUGGUAAAAAUAGAGGGAAAAAGGGACUUCAGUUAUUAGAUUGCUUCUGUAAUAAAAAGAAUCGCACAUAAUUAUUCUAACAAUAUACUUCACAUCUUUAAGAAAGGAAGGAUACACUUUCUUCCCUGUCUUCAAAUGUGUUAUUUAAGGGCUUUACCUAUGUCAACUCAUUCAGGUAUUACUAUCCAGUUUUCCAGGUGAGAAAAUGGGCCCAAUUAAGUUGAUCACACAAUUAAGUGUCAGAGGUAGUAUUUAAACCCAGGUCUUCCUUAAUCCCAAGUUCAGCACUCUAGCUGCUACUUCACUUUGCCUCUCACUUGACACAUCUGUUGAAUACUGACUCCUGUGUGAUCAACCAUAGAUAGAUGAUGAUCUACUAAAAGGAAAGUAUAAAAGGUAAAGAAGUAUCAUCUAAACCCCCUGUUCUCGAGGAGUUUGUUUUCUAGGGGUAAAUGAUAUAAAUGAAGGAAUCAGAGAAUGAUGAAUUAUUAAAUUGCCUGUUAAUUGAUGUGUUAAAAAUGCAGAGAAGAUAAAGAACAGUGUACAGUGUGUGCUAUAGUGGUCAGAGAAAACUUCAUGGAAAAUGUGUUUCUUGCAGUAUGGGUAGCAAAUGCAGGCCACAUUUUUAUAUAAAGUGACAAACUCCUUUGCUCCAUUUCUUGCUUACCACAGUUUAUGGCAUGAUUGGUUGAAUCCUUUUAAAUUUUAAUGUUAGUCUUAUCAAGAUUACUAAUACCUGAAUUUGAUUCCUCAUCUUAGCCUUGAGACUAUAGUUUACCUGGAGAUACCCCAUAUUUGGAUACUUAGUAGAAAGGGACUGUAUGAUGGACCUUGGUACAAAUUGGAGAAAGAUAUCUAAGCUCUCUGCCACAAGCCAAGUCAUUCAUUAAUGCCCUCUUUUUUGUUGUUGUUGGUUGCCCCAGAAGACUUCAGGGUAUAGCUAAUAAAGCUUUCCUUUGCCUUAUGUUUGAGAACUAGUUUUUUGACUGAUUUAUUAAUCAGCCCUGCCUAUUGAAAUUCAAUAGUAGUUCAGUGUUUUUUUUAGGUUUAUUCCUGAUCAACAUUGCCUCCAAAUAAAAGAUAAUUAACCCAGAUAGUUCACCAUUGCUGUAAUUCUGUUAUUCUGUAGACUUCUUUGUCUUGAAGCUUAGGAUAUUCACUCUGCAGUAAAUUUAUGAGGAUUGGUUUUGGAAUCUAAAUUUUCUUUUUUUAAAGAAACUUUCUAAGACUCCACAAGGCUAUAAGUUUCAGAGAGGCUGCUGACCUAAAACAGUAGUAGAAUUUUCUUAUACAGAAGUUCCAUUUAUCAUUGAUUUCACAGAUUCAGCACUUAAUCCCCCCAUCCUAUUAGAUUGAUCUACAAAAAAACAAACUGAUAAAGGCAUCUCUGUAUACAGGCUCCUUUUUGUCCUGACAUUUUUCCCAUUGAGAUUUUUGCACUUUGUCUCUCAAAUACACUUAUGUCAGGUGCUCAUUAACUUUAUUGUCUCUGGGGUUAAUAAUUAAGUUUAUGAAGUUGAACACAAGUAGAAUAAUACUUCUGUUGGUCCUGUUAGGAACACAAGGAUUUUGUGGUCAUAUGUGUUUUAGGGAAUGCAGUGAACAUUCUACUAUAAUCCUUGAGUGGUGGCUUUUUUUUUUAAUCAACUAUAUAUAAAUCCCCCAACAGAGAAAUGGCUUUCAGUCCUAAAGGAGACAGUUGUGUUUAACAAACGAAUGUGUCAACCUCUGUCAUAUAGGACUUUUUUGCCUUUUCAGCAAUGGCUUUCUUUGUCCACUCCAUUGAGGCAGCACUGCUGGUAAGAAAGCUUACUGGCAAGUAUGGUUUCAAGGUAAAUUUGGUGGUCUUGAAGGUAUCCUUCCAUUGAACUAUUUUUCUUGAUUGUGGUAUUUAAUGGUAUUUAUCAAGUGAUACUUUACUUGAAAUACCAGUUUUUCUCUUUAUUGUCUUGCUUUUUUUUAAUAAACCCUUCCCUUCCCUCUUGGAAUCAAUACUGUGUAUUGGUUCCACGGCAGAAGAGUGACAAGAGCUAGGCAACGGGGGUUAAGUGACUUGUCCAGGGUCACAGAGCUGAGAGGUGUGAGGGCAGAUUUGAACCUAGGACCUCCCAUCUAGGCCUGACUCUCAAUCCACUGAGCUACCCAGCUGCCCCCUAUUCUCUUGCUUUUUAAAAACCAUUCCUUGAAAAUUAAUUUGAUAAUAGCUCAUUUUCUAAAAUUUACCAUUUGACUUACUGAUGUCACUUUUGGAGAAGUAGUAAGAAAAUCUCUUUCCAGAAACAAAUGGAUGGAUAUCCUUGUUUUCUUAACCCCCCACCCCCCAUUCUGAAGAGAAUUCUUUCCUCUAUAGAAUUCACUGGCCUCAGAAGAGAGAAUCACAUAUUAAAAUGCUACUUUACUAGAAGCCUGUAGAAGAAGCAGAUUGGCAUUUUCCCUUAACUUCCAUGUCAAAGUCUUUGUUAUCUUUUUUGCUUAUCCAGAGACACACACUUUGAAUGUUGGUAUUUCACAAAAUGCUGGUCCACUUAGUUCAACUGAAAGUUGUUAUAAUUUGUGGUUCAGGCAUUUUUUUUAUUUGUUUGCUUUUGCCAAAUGAUACUAGUAGAAAUGAAAUUGAGUUUAGGUGAUCCUCUGAAUCUGAACAACUAAUGGUAAGGCUUAAAACAGUAACAAAAUCAGAAAAAGAAUCAUGUGUGAUGAACUCCUUACCUAUACAAAAGAUUCAUAAGUUAAUUUGUGAAUAUUAUAGUUUUCUGUAUUAGAUAUGGAGAUCUAUUGCAAAAUCAGACAAAUAUGUCUUUCUCAUAGCUAUUAUAAUGGAAACUCAGUUUGCUAAACAGCAGUGAUUCAAAAUAUAAACAGAUUUGUGUCACCUUAAUCCCAUGCUCUCUUUGACUCUUGAGUCUUUACCCCAUAGAUUAGCCCCACAUGUAGUGGAUUUUGUAUCACCAAAGAAUUUAUGUUUUGGUUAUCAGGAUGAGAGUGAUUUGUGCCCUCCACUUAUUGUGUGAAUAACAAGCUUGUGAUAAGAUCUCUUUGUUUAAUCCUCGGAGUCUUAGACCUCCUUGUUAUUUCUCCAUAUUUGUACAUUAGGUUUAGAAAAACAACACUUCCUGGAAAAUGGGAUGAAGCUUUUCCAUUGGUUUCUUUUCCCUUAGUUGGAUAGCAGUGGAAAGAUAAUCAGUUGAGUUGAACAGUUCUAAGAGCUCUAAGAAGGUGGGUCCAGGAGUUGCCAUCUAUUGAUCAGGCAGUGUUUUUUAGCUUCAUAAGGAUUUUUUCUAGUUUAACAACUCUCCCUUUGAGUCUUGCAAAAUAUUGACUAUAUAGUCAGAUGGGUUUUUUGUUUUGUUUUUUUUUCUCAUCUUACAAAGAAACUGCCAAACAUCUAUAGUUCCAUAGAAAAUUCAUGGCAGUGCUCAUGGAUACUUAAUGUUUUGAGUUCAACUGAAUCAUCCUGGACAUAAGAUUCUAGCAUGCUUUUACUAAUUGCUUUUUAUUUAAUGUUUUUAUUUUCCUUGCCUUACCUUCCAUGUUAUUCUGAGAUGUUGAUCAAGAAAUGGAAAUUUCAAUUAUAGUUUGAGUAUUUUUUAAAUAACAAAACCAAGAUGAAAGUUUGAUUCAAAAUAUUUCUCACGUAAAUCACAGACAGAAUUUAGAACUCCCUUAGGAAGUUGUAAAUUCCAGUAUUCUAGGUAUUCUAGGCAGAAGGGGAUAGUAUUACCAAAAUUGGUAAUUUAAGGAGAGACUUCUAGAUUUGAUUCCUAGACUAACCCUGUCCUAUUUAUUAAACCCAAGCUGUUAGUAUACUAGAAGUGUUUCUAACAUGUCCCUGGCUAAGAUGAACAUGUUCAAUUUUCUGGGCCUUUUAUCCAAGGUGCUAGGAGGUAUUAUUUCUUUUUGUGACUUUUCCCAGUGCUAUAAAGUUCUGGGACUAGUGAGCAAGGAGCAGCGAAAGGACCAUUAGUGUCAUCAUUUUGUUUAAAACAACAAAAGAAACCCUUUCUAUAGAUCUAACAAGUGAUUCUGAGUUAGGUGCUGAGAACACACACGGAUAUGACAGGAAAUCUAAAUGAGGCAGAAAGGGAUGACAUUGGUUAAGACAACUGUACUGUAACUGCUCACUAAAACUCAAUUCAUAGUUCCAGUUGUGCAUUUAAGCCCACAGAAUUUUUAGAUUGUUGGAUGUUUACCUAUAUCUAUAAAGUUUCAAAAUUAGGCUCUCUUUCCAGUUGGUGGUGAUCUAGCUUUGGCCAUACCAAAUUGUGAAUAUUCCUACUAUGUUGUACCCCAGUUGCUUUAUAUUGAUAUUGCAACUUGAAGUAGGGGGUGGGUUGGGGGAGGGGGGGAGUCUUUUCAAGACAUCAGCUCACUGUGCUGAGAGAGGGACCAAACUCAAGGAAACCUCUGAUCUAUACACACAACUGCUGCAUUUUUUUAUAAAUACAUGUAAAUGUCCUGUUGUAAUAUUUGAUCUUGGAAAUAAAAACAAAAACUGUUUUCAGUA